AUGUCUAUCCACAUCAUCGGCUUCUUUUCUAACAUCACGUUUUACACCCUCCACAUCAAGCCCGGGGACGGCGGUCGCUUCAAAGUCGGUUCCUUCGCCUGGGAGAAGAAGGCGGUCGUCCCCCAGAUGCAAGAGGGGGCCAAGGAGCAUCCCAUGGCCCUGCUCAGGGGCCAUCUCGACUGCGAUCUUGAGGCGCUCCCAGAGUACGAGCUUUCCCAGAGAGACGGGAACAGGGCGCCCGGGCGAUCGGGCAAGCUCGUAGACUGGGGAUUUAGUGCUGCUCUCUCCGGCAUCGAGAAGCCUAGAAAGGGGAAAUAUGUAUAUGUAGGCUAUGCCGAGCUGUAG